UCAAACUCUGAAAGCAACAAUAUCUAAUUUGCAUGGUGAUAAUUUCCAUUGCAUUAUCAUCAUGAAAAUUUUUCUCUUAUUUGCUUUCUGUUGCCUGGUCCCAGUUUCAUCCGCAAGUCCUCGACGUUAUGAGGCAAUCUUUAAUUUUGGUGACUCUCUGAGUGACACCGGAAAUUUCCUUCUGUCUGGUGCCCUUGCAUAUCCAGUCAUCGGAAAGCUUCCCUAUGGUGAAACCUUCUUUAAACACCCAACAGGGCGGUGCUCAGACGGACGUCUUAUCAUUGAUUUUGUUGCUGAGGCAUUUCGGUUGCCAUAUUUACCACCAUAUCUAGCACUAAGCAAAGGCCAAACUCCCCGACAUGGAGUGAAUUUUGCUGUUUCUGGAGCAACCGCACUUGACAAAGAAUUUUUCAAUGAGCCAAAACUUAGAAGUCUUUUGUGGACAAAUGCUUCCUUGUCUGUACAGAUUGGUUGGUUCAAGAAGCUCAAGAGCUCCCUUUGCACUACCAAACAAGAUUGUGACAACUACUUGAAGAAAUCACUGUUUUUUGUGGGCGAGAUCGGUGGAAAUGACUAUAAUUACCACGCCUUUGUCGGUGAAAACGUUGUUCAACUUAAAGCAUCUGUACCUCUAGUUGUUGAAGCAAUUACUAAGGCCAUCAGUAUGUUGAUAGAGGAAGGGGCAGUGGAGCUUGUGGUGCCAGGAAAUUUACCGGUGGGGUGCUCGGCUGUAUGCAUGACCUUGUUCCAAAGCCCUAACAAAGCUGAUUACGAUUCAAGAAAUGGGUGUUUGAAGGCAUACAAUGCUUUUGCUAAGUAUCAUAACAAUAAGCUCAAGGAUGCAUUGCAGACGUUAAGACUAAAGCAUCCUCAUGCUAAGAUUAUUUACGCCGACUAUUAUGGAGCUGCCAUGCGUUUCUUUCAUGCACCUAAAACAUAUGGGUUUACUGGGGGAACCCUAACAGCUUGCUGUGGAGGAGGUGGGCCAUACAAUUUUAAUUAUUCAGCAAGGUGCGGUCACACUGGAUCAAAAGCUUGUGGAGAUCCAUCUACUUAUGCGAAUUGGGAUGGAAUUCACUUGACAGAAGCUGCAUAUCGCUCUAUUGCCGAUGGCUUAAUCAAUGGCGGUUUUUUAACUCCUUCACUUUGACCACAAGCUUCAUAACGACCUUUAAGGGACUACCAGUAUGUUUAUUUACCUCUUAACAGUCCAACGAAACCAGCUUUUGAAUUCGACUUCACUCGAAUCUUUAAAUAAGUUAUUUAUAUUGUAAUUUUAUGGAAUGUUCGUAGUUAUGUGAUUAUGUUUACGUGCGGACAUUCUCUUAAUUAGUUUGUGCAAAUAAAGCCCAUGUCUAUAUUUGAAAUGUUUAAUGAAUAAAUUCUGUCAAACCCAAAA